CAUGACCCCACCAUGAACGAUCGAAGCUUCGAGUCCACACCACAGGACUCGCUCCACACCUCAGCCCGCAUCCUCACAUAUUCCUACCCAGAAAGGCAGCUACUGAGUCUGUCCACACUGAAGCUUGCCAGUUCAUAACCCACAAAAGAUCCAAUCGCCGUCAUGGUGAGUUUCUACCCCGCCAGCGAGCUACGUGAACACGUUCUUAUAACACAGGCAACCACCCACCAAUCCAAGAAGCGCCUUGCGCUCGCAAUCCUCGACUUCCUCCAGACUUCACAGACGGAUGGCUCGGUAACGCCUGACAACGCCGAGCAGCUUGAGGUCGCCGCCAACUGUAUUGCUGAAGCCUUCGAGGUCGACAUCGAUGAUGUCGCCGCAAAGAAAGACGCGCUUGGCGGUCAGAACCUCCUGUCGAUCUACAACGUCUACGAGAAGCUGAAGGGCAAGACCACCGCCUCGACAGAGGGUAGUUCCGCCCUCGACGUCGUUCCCCUCAACCCCAUCUACCUCUCCAACCGCGCCGCCGCACACUCAGGCAUGGGCAAGCACGAGCUGGCCAAGGAGGACGCCGAGAUGGCCGUCGCUGCCGACCCCAACUACUCCAAGGCGUGGUCGCGUCUCGGCCUCGCAAAGUACGUUCUAGGCGAUGCAAAGGGUGCUAUGGAUGCAUACAAGGCGGGUAUGGAUGCCGAGGGCGGCGGCUCAGACGUUAUGCGCAAGGGCUACGAGACAGCCAAGAAGAAGUACGAAGAGGAGGGCGGUGAUGUCGGCGCUCCUGAGGCCUCGCGAGGCGCACCCGGUGCUGGCGCAGGCGGCAUGCCCGACUUGUCUUCGCUCGCUGGCAUGCUCGGCGGCGGCGGCGGCGGAGGAGGUGGCGGAAUGCCCGACCUCGCUGGUCUGAUGCAGAACCCCAUGAUGAGGCAGAUGGCGCAGAACCUGAUGAGCAACCCAGACAUGAUGAACAAUCUCAUGAGCAACCCCAGGGUAGCUGAGAUGGCGCAGCAGUUCGGUGCCGGCGGCGGUGGAGGUGCGGGUGCAGGUGCAGGGGCCGGUGCAGGUGCUGGCGCUGGACGUGGUGCUGGUGCUGGUGGUAUGCCAGAUCUUGCCAGCCUCAUGAAUGACCCCAGCAUCGCCGAGAUGGCACGCAACUUCAUGGGUGGUGCUGGCGGUGCUGGCCGCGGAGCACCACAAUAGAGUGGUGUUGGUCAGAUCUUGCACAAUGCAUUUCACGACGAAUGAACAAGGCGAGUACAUGCACAGGUGACUUUGCCCAUAAAUAAUGAUACCAUGUUCAUAUCAAAGUCUCCAUUGUCAUGUCAU